GCAGGCGCCGAGCUCCCGGAGCGGGGUGCUGGCCCCCCACGCUGAAAAGCGUGAUGGAGUACCCAGCGAUGGACACUGGCUCACUUUUUACCUCAGGAACUAAAAGACAUGUGAGAGAGAAAAGGAAUUCAAAGACUGCCAAGUUGAAUGUUUCUCUUGCUUCAAAAAUCAAAACAAAAAUAUUAAACAAUUCUUCUAUUUUCAAAAUUUCUUUAAAACACAACAACAGAGCAUUAGCUCAGGCUCUUAGUAGAGAGAAAGAAAAUUCUCGAAGAAUUACAACUGAAAAGAUGUUAUUGCAAAAAGAAGUGGAGAAACUGAAUUUUGAGAACACGUUUCUUCGCCUAAAGCUAAAUAAUUUGAAUAAGAAGCUUAUAGAAACAGAAGCACUCAUGAACAAUAACUUGAUAACUGCAAUUGAAAUGAGCACACUUUCUGAGUUUCAUCAGAGUUCCUUCCUCCUGCCAACUAGCAAAAAGAAACGAGCUAGUAAACAGUGCAAGUUGAUGCAUCUUCCAUUUGCAAGGGUUCCAUUAACUUCAGAUGAUGAUGAUGAAGAUGAUAAAGAGAAAAUGCUGUGUGACAAUAAUACCAAAUCAAAGACAUCACCUGCUAUUCCUCCUUCAUUGUCAACAAGACAAUCUUUAUCAACUCAGGACAAUUUGGAAUUGUUAUUUCUUAAAGAAAAUAAUCAGAAUGAGUUUGGGUUAGAUGACUCAGAACAUAUUCCUUGUUCUAUUGUUGACAUAUUUCCCAAAGAAAAUCAUUCUCACUCAGACCAAAGUUCCAAGAUUUCUCUAAUGAGUGAGAUGAAAAAUGUCCAGUCUAUCAGCCACAUAAAGAAGAAACCAUCUCUUAGUAAUGUGACUGAAAGGAAGAAACGUGUAUCAUCUUGGGAACCAAAUAAUCCUUCUGCAGACACUCCCUGUGUAGCAGAUUUAGAUGAACAACAGAUUUAUUGUCCAGAAUUAAAUUGGAAUAAUGAUAUGAAUAAUCAUACUAAUGAAGUAAAUGUUAGAAUGCCAAGAAAUAAGCAGUGCCUUCCUGAGCCUUCUGAGCCUACAGGUGAAUCUACUGCAGAGGGCAUGAAUCAAGUCCAGGAUAAUGAAGACUUUCAAUUUCAGAAAACUGUGUAUGAUGCUGACAUGGAUUUAACUGCUAGUGAAGUAAGCAAAAUUAUUGCAGUUUCUACAGGAACUAAAAAUAAAAGUAAUAAAAAACUAAACGAUUGUGGAGUGAAAACUUUUAGAAAAGUGAAAGAUUCAAGCUCUGAAAAAAAGAAAGAAAGAUCAAAGAGAGAAGUGAACAAUAGUACAGAUGUUAAUAUUGAGAAAACACUUGAAAAUGGACAAGAAAGGUCUGUUGUCCUGGAUGACAAAGGGAAUAAAGAAGAUCUAAAUUUUAUUUUCCAUACUAAACAGCAGACUCAACAACUAAGCAUGCUGAAGAAAACAACACUUCAUAAUGACUUUAGUCAAGAUGAUAGACAAAAUAUACUUCAUAACAAAAAGAAGAAAAUGCAUGCAACAAAUGAGCAAGAGGCAACAUACUCUUUCCCCCAAAGAGCAGAUAAAUGUCAGCAGGAGAGUAAAUCUGAUAUGGGUCAGAAUUCUCUAGCUUGUAAGAAAAGUAAAACUUCUAGACAGACACUUGUGAUUCAGACAUCAGAGAAAGGUAACUUACUCCCAAAUCAAAAGGAUGAGGAAUCCAUUUCUGAAAACCUAAAAGUCAUAAAUGAAUUUCAAACAGCUGGUCUUCCCACCAAAGAUAUCGGGAAUUUAUGUGAUUAUGAAACCCAAAAUACAUUGGAUUUAAAAAAACAUGUCACUGAUACACAGUCUGUUCAAAAAAAUGAAUCAAAAAUAAAUAAGAAGCUUAGGCAGAAGAUAAACCGAAAGACAGAAAUAAUUUCUGAAAUCAACCAAAUAUAUGAGGAUAAUCCUGAAGGUGUACAUGGCCCAGGAAAAUACAACUUUUCCCUUCAAAUCCAAGAGGGUAAAGAAACCAUUUCUCCAAACCUAAAGGCUUCAAAUGAGUUUCAAAAUCAUACUCAUUCCAUCAGCAGUAAUGGAAACCUGUGUAAUUAUGAGACCCAAAAUAUAUUGGAUUUGAAAACUCCUAUCACUGGUAGGCAAUCUGCUCAGCAGAAUGAAUCAAAAAUAAAUGAGAAAUUUAAGCAAAAAGUAAGUCAGAAGACAGAAAUAAUUUCUGAAGUGAAUCAUUUACAUAAUGUCAAAAAUGUGUAUUGCCCCCAAAAGAGUAACACUUUAAUGCAAAAGAAUAGAGAAAUCUCUGAAAGCCUGGAAGACCCUAGUGAGUUUCAAGCACCUGUUCAUUCUACUAAAGAUAGUAGAAAUGUGUAUCAUCUUGACACUCAAGAUGUUUGGGGAAUGAAAAAGUCUGUCCAUGAUCUGGAUCCUUGUCAAAAUAAGUCAAGACUAGAUAAAAAAACGAGGAAAAAGGUAAAUAGGAAGACAGAAAUAAUUUCUGAAGCCAACCAAAUAUUUGAGGAUGAUGACAUGGGCAUGCAUGACUCAGAAAAAGGCAAUUUAUGUUCUCUAGCUCAAAAGGAUAAAGGAAUCCAUAAAAACCUAAAAGACUCUAAUGAGUUUCAAAUUGUUGAUCCUUCCUCCACAGACACUAGGAACCUAUGUAAUAAUUGUAAUAAUGAAACUCAAAACAUUUUGGAAGUGAAAAAGCAUGUUAUUGAUAUACAACCUGCAAAACAAAAUGAACCAAAAAUAAAUAAAAGGUCCAGGCAGAAAGUAAAUCGAAGGACAGAAGUAAUUUUGGAGGUGAACCAAACAAGUGAAUUUAAUAACAAAGGUUUGCAUGAUGCUGAAAAUGUUAACUUCUUUUCCCUAGCCCAGAAGGAUAAAGAAAACAUUUCUGAAAACCUAGAAAUUACAAAUGAAUUUCACACAACUUAUCUUUCUACUAAGGAUAAUGGAAGUUUAUGUGAUGUUGAGACUCACAGUACAUUGGGUUUGAAAAAACAGGUCACUGAUUUGCAAUCACCUCAGCAAAAUGAAUCAAAAAAAAAUAGGCAGAAAGUAAAACGGAAGACAAAACUAAUUUCUGAAAUGAACCAAAUAUAUGAAGAUAGUGCUAAAGAUGUGCAAAGCCAGGAAAGCCAUACAAAAUAUCUUGAUUUUAAGGUAAAUAAAUCUAAACAAAUGCUCGAAUGUAUUACUAGUGGGUACAAAAUGAAAAUCAAUAGUAGUGAAAAGGAAAAUUGUGACCAAAUUUCAAAUCAUUCCAAACUAGAUAGAAAACAUGGGAAAAAAUCACCAGGCAAAGCAAAGAACCUUUUGGCUGAUGGUAAAAAUAAACCUAGUUUGAAGUUACCGAAUUCUUCGCAAACAUCUGUCUCAGAGUCAGGCUUAAAACAUAAUACUAAAGAAGCAGAUUUGGAUCCUGGAAAUCGAAUGAAACCACAUAAGAUUCCAAAGCAAAGCACUACAACUCUGACUAUAGAAGAUACUCCCUUUGGGGAAGUGACAGAAGCAGGAGAGGGACAAAAAAAAGAUAAAGAGAAAUCCAAAUCAAAGCGAAGGAAGACCUUCAUAGAGCCUUCUCCUGAUACACAAGAAGUAUUGGAGAUAAUACCUGAUGCCAGUCAGGAACUAUCAUUUGAAUCAGAACAAACUGAUAAGGAAAAAGCACUGGAAAGUGAGACAAUUAUCAAAAUAAAGCCAGAAUUUUACACAAAGGUGUUUAAAUCUUUAUCUCAGAUAUAUUCACCUAAUAUACAAGAUUCUUCCUUUAACCGUGUUAAUGAGGGUUCAAUACCUUUGAGUAUUUCUUCUAGUAAAGAGAUGAAAGAAAACUUUACCCAGAACUCACCAAUAAGUGAUGAUGUACACGAGAAGAUGAAAGAAAUGGAUUUUAAAAUCAACCAGAGAACACAAAAAUCAGGACUAGGUGAUAGGACACUACAGGACUUGACAAAUACUAGUUUUGUAUCAAAUAACAUGACUAAAUCUGAAAAUAGGUCAGAAGAUUUGUCAUUAGAGCUGACAAGACAAAGAAGAAGGUGUGCUCCUCUUUAUUUUAAAGAGCCAAGUCUCAGAAAGAAAAUGAGAAGAUGAGGUGAAUUUAUAGAUUCUGGUUUUUCUGAAGUCUCAAAACAACGAGUCAUAACAGGGAUAUAACUAGGAUCAAACAAAUAAAACAUGGAAUGAAGAGUGUUGGAAGUUUUUUGGUUUGUUUUGUGCCUUUUCAUGGAGUGCUGAUUUGCCUAUGUUAAAGUAUAGUUGCACAAAAUUGCUAUUUUAUAAUAUUAAAAAUUUCAGGUCAUUUUGGCUGUCUUACCUUCUUGUUCAUUUAAA